AGUGUUGCCGUUGGUGAUUGGUGGAUUACAGCGCUUGCUUGCUGUUCCAGUACAUCGCAUACACAACUGUUAAUUGUCCUUAACUUGGCUUUGCUGACGAGUUCGAUUUGACAAACUUUUGCUGGAGAGUCGGCGUGACCUAAUACUUUUCUACCUGUUUCAAUUGUUCUGUACUCGAGUAAUACGCAAGUUCAUCAGAACUACUACCAAACCUUGGUAUAUAUUCUGUAGUGGGCGUGUGGGCGGGCAGGCCAGAGCAAUCCUAGGCAGCAUGGAUCAGCUACGUAGAGACCAAAUUGGUCAACGGCCAUUCCAUGAACUAACUGGUGAUAACAUAUGUCCCAACAUGGUGCGAGGAAUUGACUACAUCAGAGACCCCAGGCUUAACAAGGGUAUGGCCUUCACCCUGGAGGAGAGACAGGUUCUGGGCCUCCAUGGACUCAUCCCUCCACGUUUCAAGACACAAGAAGAGCAAGUCGACCUUUGUCGCAAGAAUGUUGAACGCUAUCAGGAACCGCUGAAUAAGUUUAUCUAUCUAGCUGGCCUUCAGGAUCGUAACGAACGCCUUUUCUAUAGACUUCUAAGUGAAAAUGUAGAGGAAUAUAUGCCAAUUGUAUACACCCCAACUGUUGGGUUAGCCUGCCAGAAGUUUGGCCUGAUCUUUCGUAGACCUCGUGGCCUUUUCAUCUCAAUUCACGAUAAGGGACAUGUUUAUGAUAUCCUGAAAAACUGGCCUGAGAGUGAUGUGAGAGCCAUUGUCGUAACUGAUGGUGAGCGUAUUCUUGGUCUUGGAGAUCUAGGUGUACAAGGAAUGGGUAUUCCAGUAGGAAAGUUAUCCUUAUAUACUGCACUUGCUGGUAUCAAGCCACACCAGUGUCUGCCCAUUGUGCUAGAUGUUGGCACUAACCGAAAGGAAUUGCUUGAGGAUGAGUUCUACAUUGGUAAUCGUCAUGAACGAGUGACUGGUGCUGCCUAUGAUGAAUUCAUUGACGAAUUCAUGCAAGCGGUAGUACAACGCUAUGGUCAGAACACCCUUAUCCAGUUUGAAGACUUUGGUAACCACAAUGCAUUCCGCUUCCUUGAAAAAUAUCGUGGCAAGUACUGCACCUUUAAUGAUGACAUUCAAGGGACAGCAUCUGUUGCAGUGGCCGGCUUGUUGUCAUCCCUUCGAAUUACUAAAACAAAGUUAUCAACCCACAAAUUCCUGUUCCAGGGUGCUGGUGAGGCUUCAAUUGGUAUUGCAAAUCUUAUUGUGAUGGCCAUGAUUGAGGAAGGCAUUCCAGAACAAGAGGCUCGAUCCAAGAUCUGGCUAGUAGACUCUCGGGGACUAAUUGUAAAAAACCGUCCUAAGGGUGGCAUCUCUGGGCACAAGGAAAUCUUUGCCCAUGAGCAUGUACCAAUGGAUGAACUUGAAGACAUCGUCAGAGAACUUAAGCCAACUGCCAUCAUUGGUGCUGCUGCAAUUGGCGGUGUGUUCACUCCACAGCUACUGCAAGAUAUGGCUUCAUUCAAUGAGCGUCCUGUCAUCUUUGCUCUGAGUAACCCAACUAGUCAGGCUGAAUGCACUGCAGAAGAUGCUUAUAAGUACACUGAUGGUCGUGCUGUAUUUGCAUCCGGCUCUCCAUUCACUUCAGUAACUAUUAAUGGUCAGACAUUCCACCCUGGCCAAGGCAAUAAUGCAUACAUCUUCCCUGGUGUUGCUUUGGGUGUUAUAUGCACUGGUAUCCAUCACAUUGAAGAUUCAAUCUUCCUUAUGGCAGCCAGGGCCCUUGCAGACUUGGUAACAGAGGAAGAUCUUGCCAAUGGACGGCUGUACCCGCCCAUAUCUGACAUUAAGCCAUGUUCAUUAAAGAUUGCUAUAUAUAUUGCUGAACAUGCUUACAAGACAGGCAUAGCUUCUGUUUACCCUCAACCAAAGGAUAUUGCAGGGUUUAUUAAGGCACAACUAUAUGAUUAUCACUAUGGGUCUGCCCUGCCCAGAGUCUACGCCUGGCCAAAGCUUUAGGCCGCAUGAUCAGUAUUGCAUCUGUGUACCCAGAACCCAAAGAUAUGAAGAAAGUUAUCAGUGAC